GCGGGCAAGUAUUCUUCGACCUUUCAUUGCUGUCAAAAGAAAAAUGAAGAUCUGGCGAACAAAAUCAGUGCCGCCCUUACCACAAUCCUUGGAUGACUACGUGAAUUUAUUUAAUAAGCAGCCUUGGAACGAAAAGUAUGCAAGCUACGCCGGAGGAACCAUAACAGUUACAUCAAUACGUGGAUUAGGACGUUCUACAUCAGUAGUAUUUGCAGAUAUUAAUUAUUUGAGGUCACUUAAUAUCAAAAAUUUUCAUCUCGACGCUACAUUUAAAGUCUGUCCUCGAAGGCCGCAGGUUUUACAGUUAUUAACUCUGAUGGGUAGAAUUGAUGAUACGCCUAUCCCAAUUGCUUGGAUUCUCAUGGGAAGUAAAAACGUCGGAGCAUAUGUUGCUGUACUACGAUGGUUCAAAAAUAUUGGUGCUCCACAUUGGAUACCCGAGACAUUUACAAUUGAUUUUGAACAAGCCCUAAGUUCAGCGAUUCUGCUGACCUACCCUAAUACUCGAAUUAUCCGGUGUUUCUUUCAUUACUGUCAGGUAAUUUUCAUCAUUGAAAUUUAUUUGAUCAUAUAGGCAAUAUUUUUUUGAGUACUACUAAAUUUCUGCUUUAAGGCCCGGUUGGACU